UGUCACCAUCUGACUCAGACAGAGUUCUCUCUCUCUACACGGAUGUCGCAUGCUCCGCCUCGCCUCGCCUGCCAUCUAGCGUGUUCCCUACCCUCUGUUCGCCGGUACCUUCAAACGCCGGCCAUUUCUCGCCGUGUCUCAGAAUUUACAUUGCCUACGCCCCGCCCCAUUCAACGCACGUCCGUGGGCUUCUCAAGCCCGGUUAUCGUUCCACCUUUGCUGCGCACUCUGAUUCAUCCUGAGAUCCAUGUACGGUGCCCACAUCUCGAGGCAGUACCGCGCCACCGACCUGGCAAGUCUGGCGACUAUAUAUCAGCAUUUUCCUCUCAAUUCUGCGCUUGUAUGCGUGUGACGCGAUAAUUGCGUUUUCUUUCAAUUACGGAUGGCAAGCGCGUCGUACCUUUCCUCUUUUGCGCAUCGUCUCUCUUAUGCAGGUGCACGUUUCACAUUCAGUUCCUUCUCGGCUGAGUUCGUACGCUGCAAGGCGUUAGUGGUUCAAGUCCGCUAGGGAACUUUCAGGUUGGACACCAAGCAUGUUUUACCCCCGUUCGAUAACAACACCGAACAGCGCCACAUCAUCUCUUCGUCCGCGUCACGUUGUCUUCUUUUCUUUUCAAGCUUGACAGAUUGUGCUUGUCUUCUUUUUUCAUUGCCAAGAGAAUCGUAGACUCAGUUACGGCGCCAAGCUCGUUCAAUUUUCAUCAUAAUUCCAAAAUCCUCCGACAUCGUGUCUCCCCUUGUAUGCUUUCACUGUCAGAUCUCUCUUAGCUCAGUCGUUAGUGCGUAGUAUUAGUCCUUCAAGCUCAAGUCCGCUGGGGAUUUCACUCUGGAUACUCUAACUCACUGC